AUGCCUGCUGAACGUCGAACCUUUACUUCGACCAGACCGGUCAAGACCGAACGCACUCAUGAAGAGAACCAGGAGCGUGCUUACAUUGCUGCCUCGCGCCGCAGUGACCGUAGUCUAGAGGCUCGCAUUGAGUCGGCACGCAGGGCUUCAGAGAUCCAUAAGAAGCGUACUGGCCGUGCUUUGCGUGUGACUGAACAGGAUGUCAUCAAUGAAGAGAUGUACGAAGAGGAGGACGAUGAUCUGCCCACCCAGUACCAACGCUUGAAUGCGCAUCUGCACACUACCUCUGUCAUGUUUAACAAGAAGCUCCAUGAUUACAUUGCGACACAGCACGGUGUCCGAAACAUGUUCAUGUCGCAGUACCAAAACCAAGGCCCGGCGUUCCCCCAGUUUGGUCAACAGUAUCCAGCCAAUGGUGCUUCGCUUCCACAGUCAAACAACUGGCUGAACCCUUCCAUGCUACCACCACAACAAUUCACACCAGCUUCUCCUCAGAGUUUCCAGCAAGCGCAGCCGUUCAGCCCGACUUCUACUCAACCACAACAGGGCUACCGCCAGUCACCGUACCACAUUCCUCAGCGGACCCAGUCUCACCAGCGCGCUCUUUCGAUUCAACUGCCUCACGGCCUACCGCACUUUGAUCCAUCAGCUCAGCCGGCAAGUGCAGGUACCACGACGCCACAGACCGAGCUUAACCGAAGACUGUCUCUACCACCGCAAGCUUUCCAGCAAUCAAACCAAACAGUAGAACGACCAACGCGCCCUUCGCUAUCGCGUUCGCCUACUGCGCAUUCGCUUCAAAAUCGCCAGUCAUCUUCACCACAGACUGCUUCGCCAAAUGCGGUUUCAGUCCAUGACGCUGCAACUGCUCAAAGCGACCCUAACACGCCUACUUCCUAUUCUUACAGCCCAACGAACUACCCACACAGUUCGCAAGCACUUAACUCAAACCCUUUGACCUUGUCCAUGCCACCUGAGUCACAGCAGUUCUUAGGUUCCGUCCUCGAUCAGAACGAUCCUCGCACUGCUAUCUUCAUGGCUGGUAGCGACAAUCUUCCUCAGCCAUUUGCUCCAACCUACACAUACAACCCCAACAAGGUUACACGGACACCGAGCAGCGCAAGCAUAUCAGAGAAUGCUACUGGUUCCGCUCAGACUCUAUCCUCAGGCCUUAAUCUGAAGACUGAGCCCGUCUCUGAUACCACAUCAUUAUCAAUGCCGAGCGCUAUAUCCGAUGGAUUCUAUUCUAACGAUUCGUUCUUGACACCUGGCAAUGGUGACUACAGUGCCUUCUUCGACUUCCAAGGCGGCGAUUUUACACAGUCCUUCGAUGACCAGUCCGCGAACGACCAAGACAACGGCAAUAGCCUUGUCAACUGGGACUAG